CGGCUGCGUCAGUGCCCUCGAGCCCAGCCUCCCCCUGUGAUCUCAACAGCCACAGCGCGAGGAGGGCGAUCAGGCAGCUGCUGCAGCUGAAGGACAACCUGUUGCCACGGAAACAGCACCGGCGGGAAAAAUCACCAAUAAAAGAAAAGAAGAAGAAGAACCCCGCUGCCCGGCCAGGUGUUUCCUCCACAGCUGUUGAAGACGAGAAGUCAGCCAUGUCAUCUACAGUACUGCUCAAUCUGCUGCGAUGCGGUCGCUCCACCGCCGCCAGACAAACCUUCCUCGCCGUACGCUCCUCGCCAGAAACCUCCACAGCUUCCGGGCAGGUGGGCAACGCUUCGUUAGGGAUGGCGGGCGUGCGGCGGGCCAGCGGGUCGGCUCGCUUCGACAGCGGCGGCCGGCCGGUCACCUGGGACUCAUUCGGUAUCUGGGACAACAGGAUAGAAGAACCGAUACUGCUGCCCUCCAGUAUCAGAUACGGGAAACCCAUUCCACAGGUCAGUCUGUCCCGAGUCGGCAGCGCGUCCGUUCUGGGUCUCAGGAAGCAGAACGAGGACCGUCUCCGUGUCGCCCGUAUCCAUGACAACCUGCUGUACUUCGCCGUGUUCGACGGCCACGCCGGCCCGCACGCCGCCGACUACUGCUACACCUUCAUGGAGAAGUUUAUCAGAGAUGCUCUGGAGGAGGACGACGACCUGGAGAAAGUUUUAAAGAAAGCAUUUUUAGACGUUGACAAGGCUCUACACAGACAUCUCAGCUACUUCAACAACGCCUCCUUCCUCUCAGCCGGCACCACGGCGACGGUUGCUAUGCUACGUGACGGAGUGGAGCUGGUGGUCGGUAGCGUUGGCGACAGCCGGGCGAUGCUGUGCAGGAAGGGACAAGCCAACAAGCUCACCAGAGAUCACACACCGGAUCGUAAGGACGAGAGACACAGGAUCCAGAGGUUCGGCGGCUUCGUGACGUGGAACAGCGUCGGUAUCGCCAACGUUAACGGACGGCUCGCCAUGACUCGCAGCAUCGGAGACUUCCACCUGAAAACCAGCGGCGUCAUCGCUGAGCCGGACACGCAGCGAGUCACCGUCCAGCACGGCAGCGACUCCUUCCUGGCUCUGACCACCGACGGCAUCAACUUCCUGCUGAGCGACCAGGAGAUCUGUGAUGUCAUCAACCAGUGCCAAGACCCCACAGAGGCUGCUGACGUCAUCGCUCAGCAGGCGUUGCAGUACGGCUCGGAGGACAACGCCACCAUCAUCAUCGUCCCUUUCGGAGCGUGGGGGAAACAUCAGAGCUCCGCCGCCGUCUACAGCAUGAGCAGAAACUUCGCCUCAAGUGGGAGAUGGUCAUAAAACGACACAUAUACACAUAACAUUUAACAUUUUCUUUUUUUUUUAAAUCCAAAAUUAUCAGUAAGACACCCAGAAUUCAUCUGACGACGGGUCGAGACCCAUCGGAGAAUCCACAGUAACGCUUUAGCUUUAGCUUUAGCUGCUCAACAGUGUAUAUAUUAAUAUAUUGUACAUACAGAGAGGUUUGCAUGUCUGUUAAAUUUGUUAAUCUGUGUGCUUUGCGUUUGCGUUUAGACAAAACAUUUAACAUCCUCCUGUAUUUUUGUCACGUUGACGGCAGAUUGGUUUAGUUUUUAGUUGAGUUUUGAGCUCAGAUUUUUUUCAAGAAGAGUUAAAAACAGGUUUGUUUAUUUACAAACAAAUUAUGUUUAUGUUACAAAAUUGCCAAUUUUAUAUCGUGAGUAACCAAAGGAAACACCACGUGUGACAAAUACUACAUGAAGAAGUAGAAGCCAAAGUAAAACCUGCCAAUAACUGCACCUUGUUUAUUGCUCUGUAAUGAUUCUGUCUGGUAUUUUAUUUCUUAGUGUAGCUGUAAAUAGAGCUGCUCAGCCAAACUACCAUGUAUAAAGGUAUAAAAUAAAUAUCUCUAUUACACAAAAUUAUGUUCAUAUUUUCUCUAAUUAUAUUUUUAAAAUCUGGACAUUUUUGUCUCUAAAAGUCUCUAAAAUUAAACAUUUGAGCAGAAAUAAGUCAUAAAUUUGCGAGAAACAAAUCCGAAAUGUCCGAUAAAAAACCCCCUGAAUAUUCUCUGUUUAUGAAGUCUUUAAUUUGCAAGAAAAUACUUACAAAUUUACGAGAAA